AAUUACACACCUGUCAUUCUUUCCGAGACAUAACUUACUUAAACUACUGUGAGUAAACAAAUUCCUCUAUUUGUUACUAUGAACAUUUCUAUUAUAACUGUUUUGUGCUUACAGAUAUGUUGGCACUGUCAAGCACUACCAUUAGAGAGCCCACCUCAGUUGGCACAAUCUGGUGAGACUAAACACACACAAAAAGACCUGAAGACGUCUAAUGACGAAGUAUUCCCUGAUGAUAUAGCAAACCCAUUUAAAUUUGUACCUGAGGUUGCUACACAGAAUGCUCAAUUGUCACAGCAAAAAGACCUCGACCAAUCAAAUAUUGAUCGGAUGCACCAGAAAGUCCUGACACAAACUAAUAAUCAAGCGGAUUCAAAAAAACCUCGCAGCUUUGAACAGCAUGGUGACCAAAAGCAACAAUCAUAUAUUAGGGACGCACCAACUGUCCAGCAACAACCCGCAGUCCAAACGUCAACAACCGUAUCUCAGCAGCCUGGUGGCCAAAUCCAACCGGGUGUACAACAACAAUCCAACAACCAACCGCAGCCUGGUGGCCAAAUCCAACCGGGUGUACAACAACAAUCCAACAACCAACCGCAGCUUAGUGGGCAAAUACCACCUGCUGGUCAGGUACAACCACCUGGCCAAGUACAACCUACUGGACCAGUACAACCCCCUGGCCAAAUAAGACCUCCUGACCAAACACUACCUGCGUAUCUUUUUCAACCCACUGUUCAGCUUCCAACUGGGGGACAAACACUACUUCCUCAGAAACCUCUAGGACAGUCAUUAAAUGCCAUCGACAAAGAAAUCUUCAAGCAGCAGGCGCUGGAAAUGGGAAGUAAAAUAUCCGACCUACUUAGGCAAGAAUUAUCUUUUUUAAGUAAGAUAUCCAACAUUCCUAUGUCUGAGCUUGAUCAUUUGACUAUUCCAAGCACACCGACCUUUUUAACUUCAUCAACACAACCUCCUCCUGGUAAUCAAAUAACAAUCAACACAUACGCGAGCCCAUGCCUGCCUUGUGCUCAAAAUCAACAAUACAUUCAUCAACAAACUCCAUUAGUUCAACAAGCUUCAACUUCUGUGGCAGGUCCACUACAACCACAGCAGACACAGCCAACUAUGCAAGGAUCUCCAUACUACCAGAACCAACAACUGAGCCCUGUGAACAAUUUGCUAGCAACCCCAGCAUCUCAGGCUGUGAACUCACACCCAUCAUUUCCUCAACCUGUUCAGAUAAACCCUUUGGUUCCCCAGCAGGCCCCUCCUAAUGCCCCGGUAUACCAACAACCACAACCUCAUGCUCCAGUUGAUCCACAAGCCCCACCUAAUACUCCACUUCCUCAACAAACGCAACCUAUCGCCCCGGCGUCCCAACAAACUCAGCUUGGUGCUCCUGCUCCUCAACAAUCUCCACCAAACGCUCAAAAUACACAACAACAACCUCAACCUAACACUCAAAAUAUUCAACAACCUCAAACAAAUCCACCAGCCUCUCAACAACCUCAAUAUAGCGCUCAAGCUCCUCAACAAAGUCAACACUCUAACACUCUAACUCCUCAACUAACUCAACCCAACACACAAGCUUCUCAACAAACUCAAGCAAAUGCUCCAGCUCUCCAACAAAGUCAACCUAACACUCCAGCUUCUCAACAACCCCAAUUUAGUGCCCAAGCUAUCCAGCAACCUCUCCCUCCUGCUCCAGUUUAUCAACAACCCCAAACUGGUGCUCCAGUUUAUCAACAACCCCAAACUGGUGCUCCAGUUUAUCAACAACCCCAAACUGGUGCUCCAGUUUAUCAACAACCCCAAACUGGUGCUCCAGUUUAUCAACAACCCCAAACUGGUGCUCCAAUGUAUCAACAACCCCAAACUGGUGCUCCAGUUUAUCAACAACCCCAAACCAGCACACCAGCUCCUCAACAAACUCAACCUAACGCUCCAGCUCCUCAACAAACCCAAUUUAGUGCCCAAGCUAUCCAGCAACCUCUCGCUCCUGCUCCAGUUUAUCAACAACCCCAAACUGGUGCUCCAGUUUAUCAACAACCCCAUACUGGUGCUCCAGUUUAUCAACAACCCCAAACUGGUGCUCCAGUUUAUCAACAACCCCAAACUGGUGCUCCAGUCUAUCAACAACCCCAAACCAUUCCUCCAGCCCCGCAACAAUCUCAACCUAAUGCUCAGGUUUCCCAGUACCCUCCUAAUUAUCCAGUGACUACUCAAGAUGCAUUUCAAUCUCAAACGAACCCUAACUUCCCUCAAGGAACAGUUGCGCAGGCUCCCCCACCUUAUUAUAAUCCUACACCUAAUACCUAUCCUGCACAGCAAACUCAACAGACAUAUUACCAACCUCCUGUAAGCAACCAACAAACUCAAACCCCUUCCAUAUCUCAACCUCAACCUCAAACAAACCAGUACCCACCUGCAGCAUAUAAUCCACAGCCAGGAAUUCCACGAUUUCUUCACCCUUUUCCUACAGAUGAUGUUUCUGCAACUGCUCCAAUUUUUUAGAGAUUUACUAAUGUUAAGUUGAUUUGUAGUUUUAAUAGUUUCGACAAAAUAAAAAUCUAACUUUAA